GAGUUGGGUGCAAAAUAAGUUCAACGGGAAACAAGAGAAGAAGAGAUUCGAUGCAGGUUCGAGUUCAGCUCGUCAUACUUCAAUGCCAGACGUUCGCAAAGAAGAAUUCGAUGAUUGGCCUCAGGCAUUGCUGUCGAUUGGAACAUUCGGCAACAAAGAGUUGAAGGAAGACCUACAGGGACACGAGCUCUCAGAAAAUCUAGAUUCAUCAGAAAAUUUGGAGGAUGCAUCCCAAGAUUUUCCAGACUUUACAUCGGAAGAAGUGAGAAAGUUACAGCAGGAGCUAGCAAACCUAUUGUCUCGCAAGCCAAAACCGAGCACACAAGUGGGAAAGGAAGAGAGAGCCAAUCUCCCACUUAAUAGAUUUCUGAACUGCCCGUCAAGCUUGGAGGUUGAUCGGACUGGCUCCCUCAGGUUACAAGAUGAAUUGGAUAAUAACAAAGGCGACCUCUCCCCCGAUACCAAGAUCAUCUUAAACAAAGUCAAAGAUUUAUUACUUGGCAACCGCAGUGCAGUGAAGAAAAAAACACUCACAUUUCUUCUCAAGAAAAUAUUUGUGUGUCGAAGUGGCUUCUCACCGGCUCCGAGCUUGAGGGAUCCCAUUCAAGAGUCAAGGAUGGAGAAGAUUUUGAGGACAUUACUUCAGAAGAAAAUAUUCGCUCGAAGCUCUGCUUCAUCAUCGGUGAGGAAGUGCUUGGAGGAGAGACCUGGGGAGAAUGUGCAGGCAGAGAAAAAGAAGGAGAAAGGAGAGGAUCGAUGUAAGUGGGUCAAGACCGAUUCAGAGUAUAUUGUUCUAGAGAUCUAAACACAUUUGAUUAAGGCAGUCCUGGUAGCUUGAACCUGUCGUAAUUCAAGCGUCUCGCAUCCAAAGCCAUCUAGAGGAUUGGAGGCAUAGUAUUAGAAAGGAAAACACAAUGGUUUCACAGAAUAAGCGAUGCACUCAAGCAACCAUUGCAUUGCUCACGAAGAAUACUACGAUCAUGGGAUAGAGGAAACGGAGCUUUGGAUCAUGCUCGUGCAUGUCAGGUGCAUGCCAAAGAAUGUCCGAAAGCACCAUGACGAGAUCUUCUGCUUUGAUUUACUCGAGAUUCUGAGCGUUCACAGGAGAAUUUUUUUCUUUUGACAAAUGCCACAUUUUCAUACUGCAAUCUAGUGAUGGUUUAACUAUCUCUUUUGCUUUUGCAUGCUAUAAGGUGACACACUAAAUUU